CCCAGCACGUCACAUGCUGGUAAGGUUAUGGAUCGAUUCCAUCAAGUCCUGCUUGUGAUAGUACUCCAUACUCCUCGCUUCGCAGCCCUGCUCCACGUUUUGGUCGAUCUAAUUCUGCACCAAUUGCCAUAUGACGCGUUUACCCAAGAACCCAGUUGACAUGAAGAGCCCAUCCCUUCUUAAGACUAGUCAGAACGGGCGUUGUAGUGAACGCGUAGCAUCAAAUUGCCUCGAUUCAGUUUACAACUCUUGCUUGAUAUGGAUCAAGGCCUUUGGCAACUGCCUGAUACUAUCACAAGCACAAAGUAUCCUGCUUCCGCUCCGCCAAUCGACUCAACUCAAACAUCAGGCUGCCAUCAAGACACUCCGACUAGCCAGGCUACAGUCCAUUGCACCAAAUCCUCUCCAUCUUGACGCGAAUCCCUCCAGUAUCUCCAGCCUUGCCGAACCACGUAUGCAAGCAGCUGCGAGGACAGGCAGCACAAUUCGGCUCGGCCAACUUCAUCAUCGAACCCGGCAAACCGGCGACCACAACGGCCUUCUGGUGCUUCCCGAAGCUCUUGACUGCAGCCAACAUGCAUAAACCGCAUCCCCGUUCUGCAGGUUCUGCAGUCCGGCGUCGUUCUGAUAGGGCCGCGGGCAACGCUGUCAACUAUCAUGUCUUCUACUAAUCACUUGAGCCCCGCCUGUACACAUAUGUAGUCCAGUACGAGCACUCGUAGAGCUCCGGUGAAC